AGUCUGCGCGUGAUGUCGGUGAUGAAGUCGCUGCUGCUGCUGCUGCCGCUGGUCUGGAGCCUUGUCACGCAGCGUGGCGGCUCCUCGCGGCUCCACCGCGGAACCGGCAACUCCAGCGUCCACACCGUGGCUCCGGACUUGGACCUGGCUCGAGUCGUGCGGCGCGUGGAGCGACGGUUCCUCUCCCUCACGAUCGACGCGAGUCUGGCCGAAGAGGAGAAGUUCAUGUACCUGCUCAGCUCUCGCAAGGUGCGGACGCUGGCCAGGGGGCUGAGCCCCGCCUUCCUGAGGUUUGGAGGAACGCGACAGGACUUCAUGGAGUUCACUCCUGCUCAGAGAGCGGGCGGCGCCGGCUCAGCUGUUCCAGGGUCCUGCGAGGACCUGCUGCCUCCAGCGGCGGAGAAGGCGCUGAAGAGUCAGUGGGCGAGGCAGCGGCUGCUCCUGAUGAAGGAAGACCUGCAGAGGCGCUACAGACGGGUCCACUUCACAGAGUCCACCGUGGAGCUCCUGCACUCCUUCAGCAACUGCUCGGGCUUCCAUCUGAUCUUCGGGCUGAACGCGCUCCUGAGGAGGCGGGACAACAGCUGGGACGCCAGCAACGCGCGCUCGCUGCUGAGCUACUGCGAGUCCCGCCGCCUGCGCAUGUCCUGGGAGCUCGGCAAUGAGCCCAACAGCUACGAGAAGAAGGCAGGCAUCCGGGUGGACGGGCGGCAGCUGGGCCUGGACUUCACCCGCCUGCGCCACCUGCUGUGGGAGUCCCAGUUCUACCGGGACACAGCGUGCUUGUACGGCCCAGAUGUGGGGCAGCCGCGGGACCACCGAGUCGACCUCUUGACUGGGUUCCUCCAGACGGGCGCAGACGCGGUGGACGCCGUCACCUGGCACCAUUACUACGUCAACGGCAGAGACACGUCCCUGGAGGACUUCCUGGACCCAGAAGUGCUGGACAGUCUGCAGUGGAAGAUCAGGGAGGUGCUGCAGACAGCGAGUCGGGCCAGGAAACCCGUGUGGCUGGGGGAGACCAGCUCGGCCUACGGAGGCGGAGCCCCGGGACUGUCGGACACGUUCGCCGCCGGCUUCAUGUGGAUGGACAAGCUGGGACUGGCCGCCAGGUCUGGCCUGGACGUGGUGAUGCGGCAGGUUCUGAUCGGCUCAGGAAGCUACCACCUCAUCGAUGACGACUUGAACCCUCUUCCUGACUACUGGCUGUCGCUGCUCUACAAGCGUCUGGUGGGACCCGAGGUUCUGUCGGUCCGGGGCCUGGACUCGGGCGAGAGUAGACGAGUGCGCGUCUAUCUGCACUGCGCCCGCAGACCCAGUUACAGGGCCGGCGCCGUCACUCUCCUGGGCCUCAACCUGAGGGCGCACCUGAGCAGGAUCCAGCUGCCGCCGCCGCUCUGCUCCAGCACGGUCCAGGCCUUCGUCCUGCAGCCGGGAGAGGCGGCGCUCCACUCCAGACAGGUGAAGCUGAACGGAGGCGUGCUGAAGAUGGUCGACGACCAGACCCUGCCGGAGCUGAAGGGGCGUGUCCUGCCGCCGGCCGAGCAGCUGCUGCUGCCCGCCUUCUCGCUGGGCUACUUCGUCUUCGCGGAGGCCGCGGCGCCCGCCUGCCUGUGACGUCGCCGCCGCCCCGGGUCACGUGGUCCGGAUUCAGUCGCUCACAGGCGCCGGUGCUGCCGCCGAGUGGCUCGACGGUGCGUAGCAGCUCGUGAGGUUGUCUCGCGUAUUAUCGUCCCUGGCAGUUGCGAUUGACAGUUUCCGCCGUGAUCUGUGAGAAAGCAAAGUGGGAGGCACAAGGUUUGCGGGGAGAAACCGAUCUACUAUUAAACACUUGAACGUGGUGAGACAUGAGAGCACAGCCGUGCGAGUGGCAUCCGUGUUUCGCGUGAGGGGAUUUAUGGAAAGUGGAGGAUAAAGACGCGCAUAUCGUCUACAUUUAACCAAGGUCAAGUCCGCGCCGAAACGAAACCACUCGCAAAACGCAAUUCCACAGUGCUCGUGUGAUGCGAGUAUUACGGUAAUGCCAAAGCGAAGCCGAUUUCAACAUUAAAGACACAGAAAUAUACCGUGUCGUUUUAGAAACUCCAACUGAUUGGUCCCGUGGAAGACAUCCGGGGGAUUCAUGAACGACACAAUAACAGAAUGCGGCGGUGACUUCCACGAGUGUGGGUCUAGACCAGUGGCGUGGUGGUCCACCGGAGGGAUUCUCCCAAAUAUCAAGAUGUACACGUCCACAUUCAAUAAGUUUUCAAAGUGCUUUUACUUUGAAAUGACACAGGAACUUGCGCGCUAACUUCCUGUGCGUCUUCCAAUUUGUUGGAUUUUCUAAACAAUACGGUAAUUUCCCGUUGAAAUCAGCUUGGCUUUGGCAUUACCGUAAUCCUCGCCUUGCACGAGCACUGUGCAACUGCGGAGUUUGGGCGCGGCCUUGGACUGCGGCGGUGACGUUCAGGCCAAACUACAGACGGGUGAGGUUCCGUCGGACCUCGAGCCUUAGAUGUGUGAUAGACGGCCAUGUUCAAAGCCCACGGUUUAAUGACGCCUCCCAACCCGGAUGUAGAAAGUCAUUCACAAUAAAUAAAAAAAAACAAAGCACAUCAGCACAAGACGGUGAAAACAUGCAAGUCAACGCAUGCGCGUGUACGUGUCCGAGCCGUCGCCCCCGGAUGACGUAACCAGUGUCACAUGGGCCGACUUAACGCCCAUGUACAUUGUUUAUGUACACAAAUGAUGAACCGAGUGGGUGAAUCCGGCCAUUUCGGUUGAUACUUUCUGUUUUCUAAAUCUACGGCAGAAGCCCCCUGUUACAGCACGUCGCUGAUGUCUGGGAUGAAACAUAGAUACACGACCAUGGAAAUAAAACCUCCAGAAGUCCGCUCACGGCGCUUUACUUUUCCGGUGACCUCACCAUUCCACGAAAACAUUGGCUACAUUCUUCGACGCGGCGGGUGCAGCAGUGUUUCGUGACGUGACAUGUUCGCCUGCACAGUCACGUGAAGAGUGCGUCCAAUGUGGAGCGCCUCACCGUGUGGUGCAGCAGCGCCACCUCCAGGGAGCAGAGCGGCCUGCCGCGCCUCUUCAGGAGCUGUGUGUCUCCAGGAGCCAGAGACGUGCAGGUGGGAUCAGAGCCUUCGACCCUUCUCACCCUGGACAUGGACUGUUUGUUCCUCUUCCCUCUGGCAGGAGGCUGCGCUCCAGAACCUCCCGUCACAGGAACAGCUUCUUCCCCUCGGCCGUCACACUGUUGAAUUCGUGAUCAGCCUUGUUGUUGUUGUUGUUGUUUUUUAUUUGACUGACAGCACUUUAUUCCAAAGCGCUUUCCUACUUGGUGGGACCCCACUGACCACGGCGAUAAAGCAGAUUCUGAUUCUCGUUCCUAGUCUGGCGAAGUGACGUCACCGGCAAAGUGACGCCUCGUGAACAAACUUCUGCGUGUUUACACCGUUAGUUAUGUACUUCGUGUCAGACAUCGAAGGCGAGCCGCAACAAAUGGGCUGACGUUGGUCUGUACAUUAAAAAGCUCUACGUGUCAGACGUCAUCAGUUUUCAGCAAAGAGAACUGAAACGUACCCUACUUCCGGGGUAGGGACCGAAGCCCGGAAGCCCCGCAGAGAGAGCAUUUCAGGAGUAAAUGAUUGACCGUACUCAAACUAAAAAAUAUACAUAUAUGUAUCCUUGAGUUUAAAUCAGAAUUGACUUCGUUGCUGUACGGAGUUAUAUGCGAUAUUCGAGCCCGCCACCGCAUGUGGUUGUGUUUUAUUUUGAAGGUGUGACGGAAACGUUAGGGCCCUUGAGGUGAGAAUAGAUUGCGCCUGUGGGAUUCAUCUGCCACGAAAUGAAAAUGGACUGUGAUUAACAUUGCAUUUCUAUGAACACACAGCGCUACUGACAACAGUCUCGCGUCAGUGAAUACUCCUUUCAUCCUAAGCCAUAGCGUCUGGUCACCAGUAGGUGGCAGCAGCGCCACGCUGCGGGCGCGCGGCUCGAUGGUGGCCCCGCCCACCCCGUAGACACGCGUGGGUCGGCGGCGGAGGAGAAACUUCUCAAGGAGUUGGAACACAAACACGCGGCUCAUGACGUCAGCAGCCGCCU